GCAAGAGCAAAUGGUACAGGGAAGCUUAAUAAACAGAGCAGGCAGGCAGGGUAUUUCCGGUUCAGCUGCUUAUAUAAACUGGAGGCGAGGUCCUUUUUGCUCUAUCUCCUGAUUCUGCUCCUCUGAUCGCAGACAUGGCGGCCACUGCCAUCGAUGUGACUGUCCACUCUGAGCAAUGGAGACCAAUGACCUUCACUGCCCAUCCGGGAGACAGAGUGAAUAAGAUCAAUGAACAUGUCUGGUCUAGGACCAAGGUUCCCGUUCAGGAACAGGUCCUCCAGCUGGGCUCGAAGACCCUGAAGUCCCAGAGAACUCUGUCAUCGUAUGGCAUCGACAAGGAGACGACCAUCCACCUCACCCUGAAGGUGGUGAAGCCCAGUGAUGAGGAGCUGCCCUUGGUUUUGGUGGAGCCGGGUGAUGAGGGGCAGAGGCACGAGCUCCAGGUGCGAAGGUCCAGCUCAGUGACCCAGGUGAAGGAGAUGAUCAAGAUGAAGACCGCUAUACCCCCUAAGAAGCAGAUUGUGAACUGCAAUGGAAAGAAACUGGAAGAUGGGAAGAUCAUGGGAGAUUAUGGCAUCAAAAAGGGCCAUAUACUCUUCCUGACAUACCCCUGCAUUGGCGGGUGACCAUCCUGCAGAUGGAGUGAUAGGAGAAGCAAAAGAUUUCGGGUGGAUUGGGGUGAAAGACUAGAAUAUUUCUAACCAAUUGAUUCUUUCAUUCUAGCAAGAUUGAAUAUUGACAAAAUUGUGUGUAUUUGAUAUGUUCGAAUAUAUUAGGAUUUGAAGGCCUAUUAGAGAUGAUAUUCAAUGACAGUUGCAGUUUCAUCCUGUCUUGGUUCUGUCUGAUUCAUAGAAAAACUCCUAUUUCUUUUCCCAAUCAACAUGAUAGACCAUUUUAGGUUGUGAUCCAUGUUCUUCUAAUUACUGUGUUGCAUCUAUAUUUAGCUUAGUGUUUCUCUCUCAUAUGACUCAAUAAUCAUUGAGUCACACUGACUCUCUGCCUGUAGACAAUAGUGAAAUGAUUUAUUAUGAAGUGAUUUCUUUACUGUGACAUAUGUUAAAAAAAUUUAGAAACAUUAAACUACUUCCCCUCUCCUUA